AUGCUAUGUUUCUUCCAUGUGCUAUGUUUCUCCUAUGUGCUAUGUUUCUCCCAUGUGCUAUGUUUCUCCUAUAUGCUAUGUUUCUUCCAUGUGCUAUGUUUCUCCUAUGUGCUAUGUUUCUCCUAUGUGCUAUGUUUCUCCCAUGUGCUAUGUUUCUCCUAUGUGCUAUGUUUCUUCCAUGUGCUAUGUUUCUCCCAUGUGCUAUGUUUCUUCUAUGUGCUAUGUUUCUCCUAUGUGCUAUGUUUCUUCCAUGUGCUAUGUUUCUUCCAUGUGCUAUGUUUCUCCUAUGUGCUAUGUUUCUUCCAUGUGCUAUGUUUCUCCCAUGUGCUAUGUUUCUUCUAUGUGCUAUGUUUCUCCCAUGUGCUAUGUUUCUCCCAUGUGCUAUGUUUCUCCUAUGUGCUAUGUUUCUUCCAUGUGCUAUGUUUCUUCCAUGUGCUAUGUUUCCCCUAUGUGCUAUGUUUCUCCUAUGUGCUAUGUUUCUCCCUCCUCUCCCCCCUCCCCUCCCUAUAUCCUCCUCUCCUCUAAUUCUAGAGCAGAGCUGGCUCCAUUACAUAGAAAUCAAGCUGAUGCAGUAAUAACGGAUCUGUGCAGCCAGGGGAUGUGUCCCAAAUGGCACCCUAUUCCCUAUAUAUAUAGUGCACUAUGGGCCCUGGUGAAAAGUAGUGCACUACAUAGGGAAUAUGGUGUCAUUUUGGACGCAGUCAGUCAGUUACGCAACAGUAAAUGCUGUUCUCUCUCUGAACGUGGUUGUAUAUAAGUAAUGUUGGUCAGACAGUCUGAAGCCUUGUGUUUACUGCCUGCCUUUCCUCUGUAGUAAAACAGGCUCUGACUGAAGCCUUGUUUACUGCCUGCCUUUCCUCUGUAGUAAAACAGGCUCUGACUCUCACAUUGAUCACAUGCUGCUGCCUUAUAACAGUGGCUAUCCACUCGGUAUGGCACUAAAAGUGACCCAUAAACUCUCAUUCUGUGGUGACCUUUGGGAGGAGAUAAUGACAGAGAGAGUUGACUCACUGCUUCCAAAUGUUAGUCUAACGUUGCCAGAAGGGCAGUUUAUAAUGUUCGUCUAACGUUGCCAGAGCAUCAGUUUAUAAUGUUGGUCUAACAGGAGGAGUCAGUAGAGGUCUGUUGACUCAGACCACAACACAACAGGAGUCAGUAGAGGUCUGUUGAGACUCAGACCACAACACAUUUACAUUUUAGUCAUUUAGCAGACGCUCUUAUCCAGAGCGACUUACAGUUAGUGAGUGCAUACAUGAUUAUCAUUUUUUUCAUACUGGCCCCCCGUGGGAAACGAACCCACAACCCUGGCGUUGUAAACGCCAUGCUCUACCAACUGAGCUACAUCCCUGCCGGCCAUUCCCUCCCCUACCCUGGACGACGCUGGGCCAAUUGUGCGCCGCCCCAUGGGUGUCCCGGUCACUGCCGGCUACGACAGAGCCUGGAUUCGAACCAGGAUCUCUAGUGGCACAGCUAGCACUGCGAUGCAGUGCCUUUAGACCACUGCGCCACUCGGGAGGUCACAGAGCAGCAGUUUAUAAUGUUGGUCUAACAGGAGGAGUCAGUAGAGGUCUGUUGACUCAGACCACAACACAACAGGAGUCAGUAGAGGUCUGUUGAGACUCAUAGAGACAUUUAGCUAAACAGAUUCAGCAGGUACACGAUGAACAUACAUUUAAAAGCAGAAGUUUCAUGCUGUAAGCCACCUGGAGAAACAUAUAAACUGUAUGAUACCUUAGUCAUAGUCCAAGUAUAGUAACAUGUAGAGUACCGCUGAAUUCAUCUGCUUGAGUGAAUAUAACCGCAGUGGUUACACAGAACAAUGACUUAUACCCUACAGUUUAACAUGGGUCCUUCUCUACAAAUUCUCUGCAGCCUAAGAUCCAGUAAAUCAUCAUGAAAAUGAUCGGAGAGGUUGAGGGUAGAGGAAGUUCAGGAGUAAAAACUAACAAAAUAGAAUUAUUGUAAAAUUGACUGUGUCCAUAAAAUGUAUAUAGUAUGUAUAAGCUGGAAGUAGAGGCCUAAGCAUUGUUGUUCACUAGUUUACUCCAAUUAGGGAAGGGGUGGUGAGGUUGGAAAGUAAUAAAGAUAAAUAUAUUUUUUUAAAGGAUAUGUAUAUGUGUAUGUACAGUGGGGAGAACAAGUAUUUGAUACACUGCCGAUUUUGCAGGUUUUCCUACUUACAAAGCAUGUAGAGGUCUGUAAUUCUUAUCAUAUGUACACUUCAACUGUGAGAGACGGAAUCUAAAACAAAAAUCCAGAAAAUCACAUUGUAUGAUUUUUAAGUAAUUCAUUUGCAUUUUAUUGCAUGACAUAAGUAUUUGAUACAUCAGAAAAGCAUAACUUAAUAUUUGGUACAGAAACCUUUUUUUGCAAUUACAGAGAUCAUAAGUUUCCUGUAGGUCUUGACCAAGUUUGCACACACUGCAGCAGGGAUUUUGGCCCACUCCUCCAUACAGACCUUCUCCAGAUCCUUCAGGUUUCGGGGCUGUCGCUGGGCAAUAAGGACUUUCAGCUCCCUCCAAAGAUUUUCUAUUGGGUUCAGGUCUGGAGACUUGGCUAGGCCACUCCAGGACCUUGAGAUGCUUCUUAUGGAGCCACUCCUUAGUUGCCCUGGCUGUGUGUUUCGGGUCGUUGUCAUGCUGGAAGACCCAGCCACGACCCAUCUUCAAUGCUCUUACUGAGGGAAGGAGGUUGUUGGUCAAGAUCUUGCGAUCCAUGGCCCCAUCCAUCCUCCCCUCAAUACGGUGCAGUCGUCCUGUCCCCUUUGCAGAAAAGCAUCCCCAAAGAAUGCUGUUUCCACCUCCAUGCUUCACGGUUGGGAUGGUGUUCUUGGGGUUGUACUCAUCCUUCUUCUUCCUCCAAACACGGCGAGUGGAGUUUAGACCAAAAAGCUAUAUUUUUGUCUCAUCAGACCACAUGACCUUCUCCCAUUCCUCCUCUGGAUCAUCCAGAUGGUCAUUGGCAAACUUCAGACGGGCCUGGACAUGAGCUGGCUUGAGCAGGGGGACCUUGCGUGCGCUGCAGGAUUUUAAUGCAUGACGGCGUAGUGUGUUACUAAUGGUUUUCUUUGAGACUGUGGUCCCAGCUCUCUUCAGGUCAUUGACCAGGUCUUGCCGUGUAGUUCUGGGCUGAUCCCUCACCUUCCUCAUGAUCAUUGAUGCCCCACAAGGUGAGAUCUUGCAUGGAGCCCCAGACCGAGGGUGAUUGACCAUCAUCUUGAACUUAUUCCAUUUUCUAAUAAUUGCACCAACAGUUGUUGCCUUCUCACCAAGCUGCUUGCCUAUUGUCCUGUAGCACAUCCCAGCCUUGUGCAGGUCUAGAAUUUAAUCCCUGAUGUCCUUACACAGGUCUCUGGUCUUGGCCAUUGUGGAGCGGUUGGAGUCUGUUUGAUUGAGUGUGUGGACAGGUGUCUUUUAUACAGGUAACGUGUUCAAACAGGUGCAGUUAAUACAGGUAAUGAGUGGAGAACAGGAGGGCUUCUUAAAGAAAAACUAACAGGUCUGUGAGAGCCGGAAUUCUUACUGGUUGGUAGGUGAUCAAAUACUUAUGUCAUGCAAUAAAAUGCAAAUUAAUUACUUAAAAAUCAUACAAUGUGAUUUUCUGGAUUUUUGUUUUAGAUUGUGUCUCUCACAGUUGAAUUGUACAUAUGAUAAAAAUUACAGACCUCUACAUGCUUUGUAAGUAGGAAAACCUGCAGUGUAUCAAAUACUUGUUCUCCCCACUGUAUAUGGAUGUGUAUGUGUAUAUAUAUGUAUGUAUGUAUGUAUGUGUAUCUAUAUAUAUAUAUAUAUGCGAGAUAAAAAACAUGGGGGAUUGGAAGUGAAGCAGACAAUUACAUUGAUGGAAGUUACAAUCUAUCUGCAAUAUUAAAGCUGAUCUACCCCCUAAAAAAAAUAUAAAAAAAUAUAAGAAUACAAAUUUUAAAAAAAUAUCCAGUAACUCAUUCAUUUCAGCCACAGCCUGGCCAUGAAACAGUUAACAAACAUUUUUCUUGGAAAUCCUCAAGUGCCUUUUCUAGGAGUAUUAACUCCCGAGUGACUGGGGCCCUGGGUAACGGUUGACCCGUUGCCAAGACAAAUAGGGGAUUGUGUUUUGAUGUAAUUGCUGCGACGGGCUGCUCUGGAAUUCCUUCACUGCAUGAAAUAAGGGUAAAGUUGACUCAAUGGCCUACCAUGUGGCAGCCAUAUAACCAUGUUGCAAAACAGUCCUAAAACAUGUUUGUUUUUGCCAAGACACUGACUGACUGUUGCAAUAAUGAGUCAGCAAUCAAAAUAAGAAAGGUGUGUUUCUGUUUAUCCAUAACAGAGCCAACUCUCCUCUCCUCCUCAAGAUCUGUCAGUUUGUGGUUGAGAUCAACGGGCUGACGCUUGUUCCCCUCCUUUCUCUGUGUUUCUCCCAUAGAGAGCUAACUCUCCUCUCCCUUUCUCUGUGUUUCUCCCAUAGAGAGCUAACUCUCCUCUCCCUUUCUCUGUGUUUCUCCCAUAGAGAGCUAACUCUCCUCUCUUUCUCUCUUUCCCUCCCUCUUUCUCUCCUCCUUUCUCUGUGUUUCUCCCAUACAGAAAUACAUGUAUAGACAUGGCUAACUCCUCUGUCCCUCUCCCUCUCUAGGUGUGUCAGUUUGUGGUCUCGGUCAACGGGCUAAACGUGCUGUCUCUGGACUACAGGACAGUCAGUAACCUCAUCCUGACCGGGCCCAGAACAGUUGUCAUGGAAGUCAUGGAGGAAGCAGAUUACUGA